AUGGACUCUUUCGAACUGCAGGAAGAGCUGCAAAAUCUGCAGGAUCUCUCUACUUAUGAAGUUCCUAACGAACACGACAUCCCCAGCAUGGACACACGCUCGGUUACACAGCUAUUGGAAACUGCUGUUGAAGCUCUCGCUGAGUCCUCUGAUGCUAUUGCGGAUCCUAAUGUCUUUGAUGCCUACCGAAGUCUCCUUAAAUAUGCGGAAGCUCUUCAAGGCUCUCUCAUGAACAAGUUGCUUGACUCCAUUUCAUCUGCAUGUCAAGCCCAGGUUGAUGCCACCGCUCGAGAUGUGGAUCAUGAAGAUCAGCAGACAGUUGCAGCCCACAAAAUGCCCCUGGAGAUGUAUGCAUUCUUGCUGAACUGGUUUGUCGGUGCUGCAGAGAAGGUUAAAGCUUCCGGAGGAGAGGAGAAUGCUGCUGCCGCGCCACCACCAAGAGCACGAAGAGGGAGGGGCGGCAAGGCAGGGACUUCACGACAGGCUGCGAAGAAGAACACAGAAGAAUGGACGUGGAUCGAACAGAUCCCUCAAACACUAGGAAUCAUUAGUAAGGUUCUGCGACUCAAGACACAGCGGAUCUGGGUCACGACCGUCGAACGGGACACGUUCAUCAAUUGUAUCACCCGACCGGUCUAUCAUAUUACUGAGAGCGAAGCCUACAUGAAACUCCAGCCCAUCCGCCUGGGUGCAUACAAGGUCAUUUGUCUCGCGGUCAAGCACCAUGGACACGCGUUGGCCGCACAAAUCAGCAUCAUGCAGUCCUUACAGUACUACGAGCACCUCUCCGAACCCAUGGCAGAAUGUCUCACCGUGCUCGCCAAGGAGUUCGAUCAUGCGCAGCUGGCCGACGAGAUCCUGCGCGAAAUCGCUGCCAAAAGCUUCAGCGCGCAGGAUUCAAAGGGUCCUCGGGCAUUCUCGCGUUUCCUUGUCAGGCUAGCCGAGUUAACGCCCCGUGUCGUGCUGAGGAAGAUCAGUAUUCUACUCUCGCACUUGGACUCCGAGUCCUAUCCAAUGCGCAUUGCCAUUGUCGAGGUUAUCGGCUGCCUCAUCCGUGAACUGGCAACGUCGUCAGACCUCACGACGGACGAGCAGCAGACCCAGAAGCAGCUAGAAGGCCUGUACGAGCUGCUCCUUGAGCGCACGCUUGACCUGUCGUCCUACGUCCGCACAAAGGUCAUCGCAGUCCUGGCACGACUAUGUGAUCUGCCCGUCAAGUUCCCAAAGCAGCGCCUGGCGGUGACGCGCGCUGCGGUCGAGUCGCUCGAGGACAAGGCAUCGAGCGUGCGGAAGGCUGCGGUGAUGCUGCUCGUCAAGCUAAUUGUCACGCAUCCGUAUGGUCUAAUGCAUGGCGGGCUACUCGGCCUUGCCGAAUGGGAGGAACGAUACAAGAAUGUAUGUUCCGAGUUGCAGGUCGUGGAAGGCGUCGUCGGACGUGCGGUCGAAAGAGACGAGGGCGAUGAUGACGCUGAAGAGGGUGACGACGAGACUCGAGAAAAGGGCAAGGACGAGGAGGGUGACGACGAAGACGAAGAGAUGGACGAGGACGAGGAAUUCGGCGAAUCAUCGCACAAGAAGCGUAAGAAGGCGUCCAGCAAGAAAGCCAAACGUCGAGUGAUGUCUGACGAUGAAAUGGACGUCGAUGAAGAAGCUGAGGCCGCAGCUGAGGUUGAGGAUGUCAAGAUGGAGGAUGCUGAUGAUAUGGACACACCGCGCACGCCGAAGAAGUCGAAGAAGGGCAAGAAACCGAGGAAGUCGGAGCUCGAUAUGGCCGCGCUCAAUAACGAACAAGAAGCUCUGGCCGCCUUGGAAAGCAACCAGCUGCUCCAUCUGCGUCUGCGCAAACGCUAUUAUGCGGAAGGGCUGAGCUUUAUACGGCAAGUCGAAGAGGGGAUGAAGACAGUGAAGCGUCUACUUGCCUCGACGAACAAACUUGAAGUGUUGGAAGCGAUUGAGUUCUUCAGGGUGGCCUUUGAGUAUCAUUUCGAUGGCGCAGAGGCUGGUAUCAAGCAAAUGUUACAUCUCAUCUGGACGAAGGACAACAACGCUACCUCCGAAGAUGGCAAAGAGGUCAAAGGAGUCCGGUCUCGUCUCCUAGAAUGCUACCGCAGUUUGUACUUCGACCCGAUUCCUGACAUGGAGCCGAAGCAGCAGAUUAAUCGAAUAGCUAAGAAUAUGAUCGAGCUUACCUACGACGCCACGCUCGCGGAGUUGACGAGUCUGGAGGAGAUGAUGCGAUCUAUGAUGCAAGACGGCCAAGUGCACAACGAUGUGAUCAUGAAGCUUUGGCAAGUAUAUAGUUCCGACAGGCCUCUGCCCAAAGCUCAACGGCGAGGAACUGUUAUCAUCCUAGGGAUGCUAGCUUUGGCCAAGAGAAGUGUCGUGGCUGACAGGGUGGAAACUCUCGUAAGAGUGGGAUUAGGAAAGGCCGACUUGACUCUAGCUAGAUAUACUUGCGUUGCCCUGCAGAGACUCAACGGGAGUGCAAAAAAAGUGAAAGGAUCCCUCUUGGAUAAAUCGUUGCGUCUGGAUAUGGACAACGCACUGUUCCGAAAGCUUCAAGAUGCCAUCGAGAAGCCUUGUCGGUCGAAAGAAUGGUUUGGAAUGGCCGAACAGGCCAUCAACACUGUCUACGCCCUUGGAGAACGCCCGGACGUUCUCUGUGAUAGCUUGAUUAAAAAUCUCACAAGGCGUGCAUUUGACCAGCAGCCGCGAGCCAAAACUCCGCAGCCCAGUAACUCCGGCACCGUCGACGCCGAGGGGUCUCGAGAAGAUACAGAAGAGACUUCUGUACAAAGCCAGCCAGACGAAGAGAAGGAUACUGGCGAUGCAUGGACUCUCAGUCAACUAUUGUUCGUUGUGGGACAUGUUGCUGUUAAGCAUAUCGUCUACCUUGAGCUCGUGGAGCGGGAGUGGAAGCGACAGAAACAUGAGAAGGAGCUAGCGGAAAAACUGGCCGAACGAAACAGCCCACGUCGAUCGAAAGACCAAGAAGAACUGGACCAAGUUGCUGGUAAUGCUGAAGACGAGAUUGGCGACAGGAUAGCAGCAAUCAGAGAGAUAGAACUACUCUAUAGCCCUGAUUCGCUGUUGUCGAUCUACGGACCAAUGGUGGUUCACAUAUGUGGCAGUCCGCAUAAGUUCAAGAACCGAACCUUGAGAGCGGCAGCUACUCUUGCGUUCAGCAAGUUCCUCUGUGUCAGCUCGAAGUUUUGCGACGAGCACCAUGCUCUCCUGUUCAAAAUUCUUGAAACGUCGAAGGACCCGAUCAUCCGUAGCAAUAUCGUUAUCGCGCUGGGCGACGUAGCCGUUUCGUUCAGCAACAUCGUCGACGAGAACAGCAACGAGUUGUACAAGGGCUUGUCCGAUAUCGAUCUUGUCGUCAAGAAAAACACCUUGAUGGUCUUGACUCACUUGAUCUUGAACGGUAUGAUCAAAGUCAAAGGUCAGCUCGGAGAGAUGGCGAAGUGCCUGGAAGACGAGGAUGAGAGAAUAGCGGAUCUCGCGAAGCUAUUCUUCUCGGAAUUAUCGACCAAAGAAAACGCCAUCUACAACAACCUUCCCGAUGUCAUCAGUCAUCUUUCUGUUGGUGCGCAUGCGGUGGAGGAGCCAGUCUUCCAAAGCACCAUGCGGUACAUUUUCUCCUUCAUCGAAAAGGAGAAACAAGCAGAGAACAUUGUGGAGAAACUCUGUCAGCGAUUCCGAUUGACUGAAGAUCCGCGUCAGUGGCGAGAUAUAGCCUUCUGUCUAUCGCUUCUCCCAUUCAAGUCGGAACGUUCCGUCAAGAAGCUCAUCGAGGGCUUGCAAUUCUAUCGCGACAAGCUGCAUGAGGAGACUGUCUUCAGCCGAUUCCAAGAGAUUCUCACCAAGGCUCGUUCGAACAAGUCUGCGAACAAGCCAGACGCCGAGCUGAACGAGUUCGAGAACAUCCUGGAGGAACACCGAAGACAAGGAGAGGAGGAUCAGGCCUUCGAGAAGAGAGUGGAAAACAAGAAAGCUGCUGCGAAGAAGCGAGCGACCCGCAGAAGUACGUUUCACAUCGCUCCCCCUAUUCUGUGCAUGUACUAA